CCCGGGGCCCAAACCGGCAGUAGAGCUUCUCGGCUAGAGGUUCUGACCAUUAGUGCUGGUCGCCGGUUCAGAAACCCGUCCAGCUAAGAGGCCAGUCUCCASGACGUGGGCACUGCCUAGUGCGACAGCGCGGAGCAUGGCCUGGUACCUGGGCAGGCUGAGCGCUGGCCCCUGCUGGCGCGCGGCGCGAGGCGGCUGCGGAGAGCUGCGUGCUUGGUCCCAGCGCUGCGCAACCGGACGCAUCUGCCAGCCCCCUGGCACGGCUGGCACGGUGCACAGCCGUGGACUUGCGCAUGGCCCCUCGGCUAGAGGUGGCCCUUGGCCUGGGACCGGUCUGGCCGCAGCGCUAGCAGGGUUGGCAGGGCUGGCCACCGCCGCCUUCGGGCAUGUGCACCGGGCCGAGAUGGUGCCCAAGAGCUCCGGGGCGCGGAGUCCCUCGCCGGAGAGGCCACAGGAGGAUGACCUGGCCCGACGCUGCAGCUGCUUUAUGGCCUCGCCUGUGACUGACUUGGACGAGUUGCGGAAGAGGCCAGGCGACAUGAAGACCAAAAUGGAGCUGCUGAUCCUGGAGACGCAGGCCCAGGUGUGCCAGGCACUGGCACAGGUAGAUGGGGUCGCUAGCUUCUCUGUGGACCGAUGGGAGAGGAAGGAAGGCGGUGGCGGCAUCAGCUGUGUACUUCAAGAUGGGCGGGUUUUUGAGAAGGCUGGGGUGAGCAUUUCUGUCGUUCAUGGGAAUCUUUCCGAGGAAGCAGCAAAGCAAAUGAGAAGCAGAGGAAAAGUUUUGAAGACUAAAGAUGGUAAAUUGCCAUUUUCUGCUAUGGGCGUGAGCUCUGUUAUUCACCCUAAGAAUCCUCAUGCUCCCACUAUCCAUUUCAACUACAGAUACUUUGAAGUAGAAGAAGCUGAUGGUACCAAGCAGUGGUGGUUUGGUGGUGGAUGUGACCUCACUCCAACAUACUUGAACCAAGAGGAUGCUGUUCAUUUUCACAGAACUCUAAAGGAGGCUUGUGACCAGCAUGGUCCAGAUCUCUACCCCAAAUUUAAAAAAUGGUGUGAUGAUUAUUUUUUUAUAGCACACCGUGGAGAGCGCAGGGGCAUUGGUGGUAUYUUUUUUGAUGAUCUUGACUCUCCAUCCAAGGAGGAGGUGUUUCGCUUUGUGCAGAGCUGUGCCCAGGCUGUGGUUCCUUCUUAUAUCCCCCUUGUGAAAAAGCACUGUGAUGACUCAUUCACCCCCCAGGAGAAGCUGUGGCAGCAACUUAGAAGAGGACGGUAUGUAGAAUUUAAUCUGCUGUAUGAUCGGGGCACAAAGUUUGGCCUCUUCACUCCAGGAUCCAGGAUUGAAAGCAUCUUGAUGUCUUUACCUCUAACUGCCCGAUGGGAGUACAUGCAUUCACCUUCGGAGAAUUCCAAAGAAGCUGAAAUUCUGGAAGUUCUGCGCCAUCCGMGGGACUGGGUGCAUUGAUGCUAGCGGAAAUGUGCUGGGGUUUGGAGGACACAGCUGUGUGCCCCCUCCACCAGCUGGCACUGUUAACCACUGUGUGGUCCUGAGCUCCCUGUGCCUUUGGCCCCAGUCUUCUCCAGUCUGGGCCUGAUCUUGUCAGGUGGUGAAAUAUUUUUGAUGCUGUCAGGUCAUGGCAGAUGGUUGGUCAGUUGAUGCACAUAAUACUCAUUUAUACUUUUAGAAUAAUUUUAUGUGUCUAGUUUAAAAAAUUUAAAUGGAGUUUCUAAGUAUUAAGAUAAGGGAAUACAAAUAGUAUAAUAACAUACCAGGAAACUCCUCAUUUUAUUUUUGUUACAUAUAUUUCAUUAAAGUUUUAGGUUCUACCACAGAAGUCAGUCAUGGGAUGUGUUUUACCUUUAUUAAUUCAGUGAAGUUGAGACUUCUUGGUAACUUUGGAGUGAAACUUUGAAGGUUAAAGUUUUACUUUGUCAUGCAUCUUUUUCUAGAGACCACAAUAUUGCACAAUAUUCAUUUUUAUAAUGACAGGUAUUUAAAAGCACUUGAAAUUUUCUCAGUGUCUGCAUGUAUUACAAUUCAGUGGUUAUCAAUAGUUUUUAACUCGUAGUGAUAUUACUAUUAUUUAAGUAAGGGGCAUCUAAGUCAUAACUUUGACUUYUGUGGAAUCAUAAUUUGUUAAUGUUAGGCUUCUCUGCAUUUUUUAAUGCAAACAUGAUAUCCCUGGAUUCUGAUACUUAAAAUUUUUCUAUUCCAGACAUUUCUAUGUGUUACAGAUCAAUCCAAGCAUGUGAAUUUAGAAARUGUUUUUCAUUUGGAAAAUGAAAUGAAGAAUAUUUUCCUUCUGUAAAGCAAAUAUAACUGAUGUUGACAUGUAGGUAUUUUGUACAUGUAUUUCUUUAUAAAAUGGUCUGAUUGAAAUUGUCCUGUUUUUCAAAUUGGAGAUUCUACAACUCUUAUUUUUGCUCUUAAGAAAAAAAAAUCACAAACUAUAGUAAUAAUGAAUGUAUUAUUUGAUUAAUAAUAUAUUGAAGUUUGUAAGGAACAGUGUCUCAUACAUACUAUUAAGCAUUAUCCUGGAAUGUUGAAUGUAUGUGAUUGUGUGUGGCUCUUUUAGGACUAGAAAAUGUACAGACUCUUCARUUGUCUUACAGUGGACUCACUAAUAAAUUUUAUUGUGACAUAAGAUUAA